AUGCAGAGUAAGCUCACAGCUGCAGGGCAGGGAGCCAGGGUUCCAGUAGAGCCCUCCUCCUUGCUGGACAGCAUGCUGGGCAGCCUCACCCGGGACUUGCAGGAGCUGGGCAUCACAGCGGCCCCCGCUGCCAUCUGCGCCGCCUGCUGCAAGCCUGUCGCCAGCAAGGUGCUCACGGCCCUGGGCAAAGCCUGGCACCCUGAGCACUUCACCUGCGCCCGCUGUGGGCAGGAGCUGGGUGGCCAGCCCUUCUUUGAGCGGGGCGGGCUGGCAUACUGUGAGGAGGACUACCACCAGUCCUUCUCCCCACGCUGCGCCUACUGCGCUGGCCCCAUCCAUGAGAAAGUCCUCACGGCCCUGGACCAGACCUGGCACCCCGAGCACUUCUUCUGUGCCCACUGUGGGAAGGUGUUUGGGGAUGAUGGUUUUCACGAGCGGAACGGGAAGCCGUACUGCCGCCAGGACUUCCUGGCCAUGUUUGCCCCAAAAUGCCAGGGCUGUGAGCGCCCCGUGACGGACAAUUACCUGUCGGCCUUGCAGGGCGUCUGGCACUCCGAGUGCUUCGUGUGCGUGGAGUGCCUGAGCAGCUUCACCAGCGGCUCCUUCUUCGAGCUGUUUUUUUUCGCGCUUCACUUCCCCCAGCGGCGGGGCAGUAUCUGCCACGACUGCGGCCGCCCCGUGACCGGCCGGUGUGUCACAGCCGCGGGACACAAGUACCACCCUGAGCACUUCAUCUGCACCUACUGCCUGGGUCAGCUGCAGAAAGGCACCUUCCGCGAGCGCGGCAACAAAAUGUACUGCCAGGCCUGCCAUGACAAGCUCUUCCUCUGA